CGGACUAGAUGUGGCUUGAGCGGAAGAAGCCGAGGCCGCGGGACCGAGGGCGAGUUGAUGCGUAAAGGCUGUUUUUGCAGCUCAGACUCGGCACCGGCCGCGUCUGGUCCACCGACACCUGUAGACCACCUCGCUACAUGACGUCACCGCGGUGGCGCUUUUCCUCGCGUAGCCGCGUGUGACACACGUGCGUUCGUUUUCCAGAGCGUGAACCCGUCUCAAGACCGGUCUCUAGUCCGGUCCAGUCCGGCCGUGGCGCCAAACACACGCACCAGGAUCUGAAGCAGUUCAGAUUAGCUCCACCUCGGCGCAUCGCCGCGUUCAGACGCAUCAGAAACAACCAACCAGUCACAUCACGUCCAGCGGUGUUCACCGCUACCUGAGAGCGAGCGCAAAUCCAACCAAGUAAAAGUCGUUGGGGUAAAACCAGGAGGCGCUGAGACGUGGCUCUUGUGGACUCGAGGGUCCACAAGACCCGCUCCAGUAAGAGGAGGGAAACGGAUGAAACCCACUUCAUUUCGUUUCCUGGCGAACAGACGUCAGACAUGAGGCUGCCGCUCUGGCUCAGGCCACGAACGCACCCUCCACACGGGACACAAGUCGGGAGAAGGUUCCGCGAAGGCCGGUAGAAAGACCUCAAAAGACUCUCCACUCAGCCUCUAAAGAGCAUCUCUGGGUCGAGUUUGGGACCCGCAGUCGUUACCGCACGCGCAACGUUUUUCUGACACCGUGUCUGCGGUGGUGGAGAGUAACUGAGUACAUUUACUCGGGUACCGUACAGUUUCGAGAUCACAAAGGAGCAGGAUGGACCUCUCAGACGCUCUCGGCGAUUGGCCCUCUGAUGGAAACAAACAAGCAGGAGGUGGCGGUCCCUGGCCCGGACAACCCAACAAUCCCACCUGGCCAGGUCAGACCCCUGCCAACCCCACCUGGCCUGGAGGUCCGUCUGGAGGUGGAGGCAUGUGGCCUGGAGGAAACCCCCACCAGCCCACCUGGCCUUCCCCCUCCCCACAACCUUCAGCACCUGGAGGAUGGCCCAGUCCUUCACCUGGACCUGGACCUGGAGCUGGAGCUGGACCUAGGCCUGGACCUGGACCCAUCUUCCCCACCCCUCCUCAACAGAGUCUGGCGGUGCCGUACAAACAGGAUCUGCCCAGUGGAGUUUAUGAAAACCUGCUGAUCACCAUCGCUGGAACCAUCAAACCCAACGCUGACAAGAUCACAGUGGAUCUGUCCACGAAGAACGACCUGGCCUUCCACUUCAACCCCCGCUUCAACGAGAGCGGCAGGAAGGUGAUCGUCAGGAACAGCUGCAUCGGCAAGAGGUGGGGCAAAGAGGAGAGAGACCUGCAGCACUUCCCCUUCGUCCCGGGACAGCCCUUCGAGAUAAAGAUCCUGUGCACCAACCGGGAGUUUAAGGUGGCCGUCAACAACUCUCACCUGCUGGUGUACAAACACCGGAUCACCGACCUGAGAUCCAUCAAGACGCUCAACAUCCUCUACGACCUCAACCUGUCCAAGGUCAAAACAGAGUCCCUGCCCUGAGAGAGACCACCGGGUCCGCCGCAGAUCCACUGGAGAGCCACCACAGAUCUAAGGGGUGGGGGUGUCAUCUGCAGAUAUACAGGAGAUCACCAGUCAAUCCAUAAGAAUCACAGAACAACUGGAAAUCCAUCACGGAUCCACUGAAGAUCAUCAGCGGAUCUACAGUAGAUUUACAGAGCAUCAUUGGUGGAGCCACAAUAGAGGAUCUUCCAUAGAUCCUGUAGAUUUAGAGGUGACCACCAUAGAUCCAGAGAAAAUGAUCAGUAAGUGAUUGUAGAUCACGAUCAGUAGAUCCUCAGUUAAUCCAAAAUAGACCUGAAGAUGAUUCCUGGUCAGGUUUAGAAUAAAAUCUCCAUCUAUGCAUUAAACAUCCACAGAAGGUUCUCAGUGGAUCCUCAGUGUCUCUGUCCCUGGGAGAGAGUUUUCCUCUGUGUGUACUCAGGUGACUCAUAAAUAAAGGGUUCAUCUUUAA